AUGUCGGAUCCUCGGGAGUACACUGUUGGUUGGAUCUGCGCUAUUCCUGCAGAGUUCGCUGCUGCCCGCGCUUUUCUUGAUGAACAACAUCCAGGGCCCAAAGCAGUCGCGCAAAAUGACAAUAACACCUACGCGCUGGGUACUAUGGGAAAACACAAGGUUGUUAUAGCUGUUAUGCCCAAGAAGGAGUACGGUAUAGCUGCAGCUGCCACAGUAGCAAGGGAUAUGGUCCACAGCUUUCCAAACAUCUUCAUCGGAUUGAUGGUUGGCGUCGGCGGAGGAGCUCCUAGCCAACAUCACGACAUCCGCUUGGGUGACGUCGUUGUCAGCACCCGCGAAGCCGCAAACAGCGGUGUCAUACAAUUUGACUACGGAAAAGCAAUACAGAACGAGGGGUUUGUCGAAACCGGGAGCCUAAGCCACCCCCCAUCGGCAUUGUUGAACGCAGUCGCCGGGCUUGAGACUGACUACAUGAUGGAGGGCUCUGAACUCACUAACAAGGUGAAUAGGGUGUUGGAUCAGUGGAAGAGAUUGCGCAAAACACACUCUCGCCCGCCUGCAAGCACAGAUCAGUUGUACAGAUCGGACUUUGUACAUCCUUGCAACUCAACAGCUGCCUGCAGCCAAGAGUGUAUACCCAACAUCCACAACGUGGUCCCUCGACAUAAGCGGGGCGAAGAGGAGGACGACCCAGCUGUCCACUACGGACUGAUUGCUUCUGCGAAUCAGGUAAUGAAGAAUGCCGAGAUUCGUGAUAAGCUUUCAAGAGAAAAGGGCGUCCUUUGCUUCGAGAGGGAAGCCGCAGGGUUGAUGAACCAUUUCCCUUGCCUCGUUGUGCGAGGUAUAUGUGAUUACUCUGACACCCACAAGAAUAAGGCAUGGCAGGGUUUUGCGGCCAUGUCCGCCGCAGCAUACGCAAAGGACCUGCUUCAAAAAGUCUCGCCUGACAUGAUUAAGGCCGAGAAGAGAAUAAGAGAAGUCCUGGAAACCAUGGAAGAGUCUUUAGCUUGCAUCAGGUCAACAACAAGGGGUAUCAAGACUCAAAUCGUCGCCAUGGAUUCCAAAACCCAGCAUCAAAAAAUCAAAAAGUGGCUUGCACCCCCUGAUACUUCCACCAAUUAUAACCAAGCGAGAGAAAGCCGUCGCCAGGGUACUGGAACGUGGUUUCUCGAAAGCAAAGCCUUCACGGAAUGGAAACACGGACUACGACGACAACUUUGGCUUUAUGGGAUGCCCGGCAGUGGCAAGACUGUUCUCAGUACUACUAUCCUCGACGAUUUGACACAGACUGGCGACUUUGUUACAGUAAAUUUCUUUUUCGACUUCAGCAAUGUCGACAAACAGAAGCCGGACGACAUGUGUCGUUCUCUCGCAUUCCAGCUGUAUACCAAGCGGGAAGAAUCGAGAAAGCAGCUUGACAGUCUCCUGGCAUCCCAUGACGACGGACAAAAACAGCCGACAACACAAGUAUUAUCUCAGUGUCUUCAAGAAAUGAUGCAAACUGGGAAACUGUGCAUCUUGCUUGAUGCUCUGGACGAGUGCGUUAAGAGGACCGAGUUGUUGAAAUGGAUUCAAGAUUUCAUAUUCAGCCCUGACCUCACCUGCGUCCAACUCAUCGCCACUAGCCGACCUGAGGAGGAGUUCAUACGGGAAACCCGCAGUUGGGGCGGCUUGAGUAAUUGCGUCUGGCUUGAAAAAGAGUUCGUGAAUGUGGAUAUCCAGUCCUACAUGGAAACCAGGCUCGCAACAAGCAAAGAGUUUAGUAGGUGGGUCUCGACACCGUCAAUACUGCAACAGAUCCGGGAUGAAGUCGGAAGGAGGGCAGAUGGAAUGUUCAGGUGGGCAGCAUGUCAACUAGACAGCUUGGAAACAUGUCUCGACCGCCAAGAGAUCGAGGCUGCCCUGAAAGUCUUGCCGCAGGACCUGAACGCAACUUACGACCGCAUUCUCCAGAGCGUUCCAGAAAACCGUAAAAAGAAGACAACCCGGCUUCUCCAGUUUCUUGUGUACUCGGAGCGACCCCUGGCUUUGCAUGAAGCUGUAGAUGUCAUGGCAGUCCGUCUUGAAGACGGACGCUACUUCGACCCGCGAGAUAGACUGCCCAAUCCCACGGAUAUCACAAGGUUCUGCCCAAGUCUGGUUGUUCUUGUACAGCGCUCAGACACUCCUGUGGUAGAUGCCUUUCUGCAGCUGGCUCAUUUCACAGUCAAGAAAUAUCUGAUGAGUUCUGCCAACGAAGGGUUUUACGGAGUCGAGCCAAGGAUCAGCAUCACCCAGACGUGCUUGGUCUAUCUUACGAGCGUGGAAGAAGACCAAGUAAGCAAGAUGAGAGACCGAUUUCCGCUGGCAAGACACGCUGCAGAGAUUUGGAUGGAACACGCAGAAGUAGCCGAGAGCUCAGACGAGACUGUUGCAACGAUUGUAGGAUUUUUGCAGAGCCAAAAGGACUUUCGAGUGUGGGCCAGACUGUUCAAUCCCGAGAGGAUUUUUGACGAUGAUCCAGGAAUGCCUGACGCAACUGGUUUCUACUUUGCGUGCCUCAAGGGGCUCAAAGCACCAGUCAGCAGGCUGCUGUCUGAGCAAAUAGACAUCGAAGCUCAAGGUGGCAAGUACGGUAAUGCCCUUCAAGCAGCCUCAGCAAUGGGCCACGAAGCGAUCGUCCAGAUGCUCCUUGACGCUGGGGCGGAUGUCAACGCACAGGGAGGCUUUUAUGGCAAUGCCCUACAAGCUGCUGCAAUAGUAGGCGGCCAGCACGGUGAUAUACUUCAAAUAGCCUUCGAAAUGGGACAUCGAGCGAUCGUGCAGCUGCUCCUUGAUGUCGGGGCGACUUUCAACGCACAGAAGCGCUACUUUGGCAACGUAUUCGACGCAGCUUUCUGUGAGAGGUAUUAUGAGAUCGUCAAGAAGCUCCUCCGCCAAGGGGCCGAUGCCAACACUCAAGGCGGCUACUAUGGUAACGCCCUGCAAGCUGCUGCAAUAGGAGGACACCAGGAUAUCGUUCAGUUGCUCCUCGACGCAGGGGCGGAUGUCAAUGCACAGGGAGGCCUCUAUGGCAAUGCACUGCAAGCUGCUUCCUUUGAGGGGCAUGAUGAUAUCGUCAAGAAGCUCCUCCGCCAAGGGGCCGAUGCUAACAUCCAAGGCGGCUAUUGGUCCGGCUGGAUGGGGCGAUUCGUAUCAGAAGCCCGAAAGCAGGAAAAAAGUGAAUUGGAAUAUACAUCAUUCAUGUCCACAGUUGAUUAG